AUGACGGUUGCAGCUCUCCUCCCCGAUUCCUCAGUGGAAUCGGUGAAACAGGCCGUCCGCUCGACAUCAACAUGCUCCGAUGCCACCGUGUCGUCCCUCCAAACCCUCUUUCGCAGUCCCAAUGGCUCAUUCUCAGACGACACAAUCUCUGCAAAGAAGACCACGUGGACAACAAAGUCUUCCACUACGGCGGCGAGUCGCGCACGAGCCGCUCGCUCGACCAAAACAAAGACCUCAACACAAGCUACGACAUUGACCACACUGGUAGAACAAGACGCUGCGCGCCCGUCGUACCAGGAACGCCUUGUCCUCGCGACUGAAGUUUUUAACACGACAUUAAAGACCCUGUCAGACGCCGCGAAGCUGCAGUCUUCAAACCGAGACGACACCCGGGCCCGGUCAGCACCAAGCGUCUCACCGCGAUCGAUGUCCCCGACUAAAACGAAACCCUCCCCAUGCGCGCAGACGAAAUUGAUGGGCCAGGAUGAAGGCGUUGUUGCCGUCGCCGAGUGCGCAAGAAUGGCGCUGGGGUCUUUGCGGACACUGAAGACCGAACAGACUGGUCCGGAAUCCGGCGCCCCGAACAUGCAACUGGAACAAGGCGCUUGCGUACUCGCAGGACGAUACCUCUCUCUGGGGCUCUACGAUAUGGCAUAUAAAGAACUUAGGGGACUUAGAAGGAGGAUUCAGCAGUACCUGGAUAGUCGGGUUACGGCCCGUAAGAAGACGACAAAGAGCAGGACGACGCAUGAAGCUGUGGAUGAUGCGCCUGCGAAGGAACGCAUGUCGGAUUUGUUGAGCUUUACAAAUCUUGCGCAGGCGGAACCUUUGUUUGGCUUAUUGGUUUCGUUCCAGUCCAAUGCCCUACGUCUUAUUGCGGCUGAGAAGAAGGCACCUACAAUUCAGAAAGUCGCUCCAUGCCUGCAGGUUUCCGACCCGAGUAGUCCGGCCAGUGUUAUCAUGGCAGCACUUGAAGCAGGGGCACUCACCAAGGACAAAGCUGCGGUUCAGCUCCAAUUAUUGUCGAAUACAGUACUAUCGCUCUCGAGUGUUCACACGUCGCCUGCCAACAGUACAGGCAAGGAUCGGCUCAACCCUGUCACCUCGCUGACGCUGCAAUUGCUCACCAUGGAGAUCCGCUGCAUGAGCUGGAAAAUGUCCGGCCAUGUUUGUGAUGACGUUAAGGAGAUGUGGGAUCCACUGGCGCGCUACCUGGCCAACUUUGUUCACCAAACCAAAGACAUUGGGAAGACCGAGUUCGCCUCCAUCUAUACGACUAUCCUUCGUCUCCAGUCAGCGGUCUCUAAGCUGGCAAAAAAUCCAAAUUCCAGCAGCAAAGACAACCCUUCGGUGGCCCGCAUUGCAACUAUCCUAGGCCAGGUCGCUCAAGAAUCCGGCUGUUUCGACGAGGCACUUCGGCUUUAUACACAAUCAGUCAGCCCACUUUCUGCCACGCAAGGUCUUCCUUUGGCUACUUUGCGGUGUAGAAUUGCGUCACUGCACUUUCAAGCCGCGAAACGUUCCAGCAAAUUCUCGGGAACCGGUCUACUAGACGCGGUCUCUGAAGCCACUGCUGCGCUUGGCAUGCCACUGAGAGGCACCGCUAGCGAUCUCGAUGAGCUGCUGGUUGAAUCAGCCAAACUCAAGAAACUGGCUAUGGGCUGGUUUGGUGAAGUGAUUGGGAAAGACAGCAAAAAGACCGGCGAGUCGAAAGACGCCCCGUCUCGAAUCCAUGAAUAUCUCUGUGCAUUCCUUCGAUUUUUACGACGUUACAUCGGAAGGGAGCCGUCGAAUGAGGACGAGCAAAAGGACUACGAGUCGUUUGUUAAGCGUGUUAAUGCUGCGAAGAGCAUUGUACUUGCUGGAGUCGACUCCGCUAUUGCCGUCGGCAAGUUAUCGGUCAUGUCUCAGAGACCUGCUUGGGAGGAUGUUCUUUCGUGCCUGUCUGAUUGCCAGCGUCUUCUAACGGUCAUGAACGUCGCAGGGGAGGAAGAGGUGCUUGAUUCAUCCGGCGUGGAGCCUGUCGGCAUGGCAUUCGUCAAGUUGUCAAACCUGUUCUGGUCGCGCUAUCUCAAGGAAAAGGAAACAGGGAAAAGCUCCCGUGAACUCCUACCCAUUCUCAAGCAGUCUACUGACCUACUCUCCACUUGCUCUCCUGGUGAACGUAUCACCGGAUUUGCCGCCUUGAAGAAUGAACGACUGGCGCUGGUGUGCAUGGAUGCAAAUAUGGUGACUGAGUCGGAGAAGGCUUUUCUCCAGUCGAUUACCGAACAUGUUGACGCCGGGGCCUUGGAAGAAGCCAUUUCUCAGUGUCCCAGUCUCUUCCCUCAUCGAGUCUCUCAGGACCCAAAAUCUGGGGCAUUCAUGCUUGGGCGUGUUCUCUCUUCUUAUUUGAAAAUGACCCUGCGCAGCAAGUCUGCCAAGAUCCAGGGCCUUUUUGACGACGAGUCUAUGUCGGCUCUGCAGCGAGGCCAUAUUCUGGAGUGGCAGCUGGGCAUUUUGACCGACAUACACUACUAUGCCCAUAGCGAUGAGGCUUUCCGGACAGCAUUUAGUUCAUUCUUGACUAAGCUAUUCGACAUUUACACGUUCGAGUCACACCCUGUCCGACGGUUGCGGGCGGUCUUGAUUGGUCUACGCUUUACAUUAGAACGCCCAGGCUGCCUGGACCCUGCGUUGUUGCAGGAACUGAUCGAGGAAGGCGUGCUUGGCAUGGACUCGGACGGGGAACUAAGCGAAGACACCGACCUUGCUGAUUUUGCGCCUCAUCUGAAGAACUCCAUACGGCUUACCGUCGGCCUUCAUCAGGGUGACCUGCAACCAGACGACCUGAACCAUGUGAUUUCUACCUGGAAUACUAUGAUGCGCGAGUGCAAUGACUGCAACUCUCUCGUGGCGCGUGUUGGCGAUGUUGAUUACUGUCUUUUGCAGAUGAAGGCAGUUGUCGACUAUACGGAAAUCCAUGGACUCUGGAAUCUGCAGCUUUCCACUCUUGAGCUUAUUCUUCGUACUACGGAACUCCAAGCCACUGGGGACUUUUCUGAGGCCACUAUUAUCCUGUCUCGCUUGGUCCUGCAGUAUUGUCGCUUGGGAUAUUGUACCAGGGCCCGUGGCCUCCUCGACAAAGCAGACAAGUACCUCGCCACAAAAGAAGUCACCUGCCUUGCAACCUUGUCGCAUCAGUUGGCUUGGGUGGGGUAUUUCCUGGAGACGGCAGAGACAGACAAAGCUGCAGCCACGCUCUCAGCCGCGAGGAGCCUCUACGAAAAGAACCAGAAAAAGCAAGACUUGCAAAAUUGCUCUGUCAUGACCAAGAUCUCGUGGGAACGACUCGUGGCUGACGCGGCCUUCAUGAGCUCCCGGCUUUCGUUCGCGCAGGGCUCAAUUAACGACGCCUUAUUUUUCGCUAAACUCAGCGUGAGGCUCAACUGCCGGAUCUGGGCUAAGGUUGAGCGCAUUGCACACAGAAACCGGGACAAGGCAUUGCCAGCAGCUGAGAACUCGGAGCUUGACACUGUUGUUGAGGGAAUAGCCAAGCUGGAUGUAUCUCAAACGCACGUCAUGACAACAUCGAGCUCAUACACUCAAGGAGCACCUUUCUGGCCUCACAUUGGUUCCCACCACACGUCUCUUCUUAACCUGGCCAGUCUCUCUGCUCAUCAUGGUCUCUUCCAAGAUGCCAUCUAUUAUGGCGAACAAGCCCUCAAGAUUAACAAGACGCUCAAUGCCAACGUGAGACUGGUUGCUUCUCAGGUGGAACUCGGGUCCCACUGGAUUUAUGGUGGUCACAUCUCUGAAGGUCAGGAGCUACUUGCCGCUGCAGAGAUGGCAUCCAAACAGUUGGAUAAUAGCAUUGAGAUGGUUUCAUUACAGAUGGGCCUCGCCUCCCUCUACAGGGCCCAAGGCCAACACAGUCAGGAGCUCCGUGCACUUCUGCAAGCGGAGAAAACGAUGGGCGAGUUCCUACGCUCGGAGAUGACCACAGCAUCAAGCAUUCCUGACCUUGAAGACAAGAUGGAGAAGCUCCGCAUUCGUCCCAGCAGUCGUCGUACAAGACAUCAGCCAACCGCUUCGACCUCAACUAUGACGACUCGAAGAACCCGUGCGACGACCAUUUCUACGAAAAGUGCACCCAAAGUGCCCAGUACGACUUCCGAUUCACCCUCUGAGUCCACUUCUCUGUCACACCUCAGAGGUGAUAUCCUACAACAGCAGGCUGCUUGUUCUCGAGCUCUGCGUCAAUUUGACAAGGCCUCUGAGCUGCUUAAUGACGCCCGACAGUAUGCUCUUUCUCGAGACAGCAAGAUCACGUUGCAUAUUGGCGAAAGUGAGCACUUUCUGGCGGAUGCUAUACGGCAUUUUGCUUCUCAUGCUGUAUACUGCGUUCUCCCGGAAUCAACCAUCUCACUGCCAUCUUUGCAAUCUCCCAGCAAAGCUACUAGUGAGGCUAAGGUGUCUAGCAAAACAUCAACUGUUAGGAAGACAAGGGCUGCUCCAAGGACGGCACGGUCGAGAAGUCAAAAGGCAAACGAUGAUUUCUCUGCCAUGCUCUCCAAGGCCGCUGAUUGUCUGGGUGAUGUUUUUUCUACGGCUACAGCCUUAGGGUCUACACUCGAUAGCCAUGCCGCCUCGCGGCUUAUGAGUCGGAUAUCCAUGCUGUCUCAUGCAACUGCCGCAGAAAGUUCUCUCUCACUCUCGCCGCCGCCUGCAAACGUUAACGAAAUUGGACGCAUUGGUGCUUUCGCUCGUGAACAUAUUGCUAUCGGGAUCGACAAGGAACUGGCCGACUUCUGUGAUCCCCUAUCAUGGCCUGUUCCGUCCAAAUCGACUGCGGAAUUGAGCAAUGAUCUGUGCACCAACUUUACCAAGGAAUACGUGGAUAUCCUACCGGAGAACUGGAAUGUUCUUUCCCUGUCGCUGAGUGCGGAUCGCAACGAGUUUAUCAUCUCGAGGCUGCAUCGGGACCGCUCCCCGUUUCUUCUCCGUUUGCCCCUACGAAGAGGAUCCGCGGAGGAUGAAGAGGAGGACCAGUUUACCUUUGAGGACGGACGGAGUGAGAUGCAAGAGCUCAUCAAGCUGGCUAACGAGAGCGCACACGCCGCAAAAGCUCAAACGGACAGACAGUCCAAGAAGAAUUGGUGGAAAAACCGCGAGGCCCUCGACCGUCAAAUGGAAACCCUGCUGCAGAAUAUUGAGAAUGUGUGGUUUGGGGGAUUUCGAGGGAUCUUCUCCCCCGUUCCCCACGACACCGCCUCUCUAGCACGGUUUUCAAAGGCCUUCCAUGGUGUUCUGGACAAGCACCUCCCCUCUCGUCGGAAGGGGAAAAAAGCAGAUGGUCCCAAGCUCACACUUCACCAGAAUGUGUUAGAGCUGUUUAUUGGCGUGAAAGAUUUGGACAAUCAAGAGGACCCGGAGGACACUUUGAUGGACCUUCUCUACUUCGUGGUGGAUAUUUUGCAGUUCCAAGGUGAACGCAAUGCGUACGACGAGAUUGACUUCGACAUGAUGGUUGUGGAGACCUUGGAUGCUUUGAGAGGCUACCAUGAGUCGGUACAGAAUGACGGCGGCCGGCAAACUCCCAACCACACUGUUCUGGUUCUGGAUAAAUCGCUCCAUCUGUUCCCCUGGGAGUCUCUCCCGUGCUUGCAGGGCUUUCCGGUUUGUCGUGUACCGUCGCUAGAAUGUCUCCGCGACCGUAUCCUUCAGUUCCGCAGCGACAGUACAGAUGGUGCUAUGUCCGGCUUGGGGAUAGAUAAGAGGAAGGGCACCUACAUCCUGAACCCUACCGGAGAUUUGCAAACGACCCAGAGUACUUUCGAAAAGGACCUCUCGCAGCUACAAGGAUGGAACGGUAUCUCCAAUCGAGUCCCGACUGAGGAAGAAUUCAAAGACGGAUUAGAAUCGUCCAGCCUGUUCCUUUACUUCGGACACGGAAGCGGCGCGCAGUACAUACGCGGCCGCACAAUUAAACGUCUGGAUCGGUGCGCCGUCGCAUUCCUCAUGGGCUGCAGCAGCGGUACAUUGACCGAGGCCGGCGAGUACGAACCAUACGGUACGCCGAUGAACUACCUGCACGCAGGCAGUCCUGCAUUGGUCGCUACACUGUGGGAUGUCACGGACAAGGACAUUGAUCGGUUCGCCAAAUCGGCGUUUGAGAAAUGGGGACUCAUUGGGGAGGAGCCGACGGCCGGGACGAAGAGUCUGGCCGCAGCUGUUUCGCAGUCGAGGUCUGCGUGUGUGUUGAAGUAUUUGAAUGGCGCGGCUCCGGUGAUCUACGGUAUCCCUGCGGUGUUUUUGGAGUAG